AUGCCCAAGCCGCCGCCGUCCCGCACCAACCCUGUUGCCGGCCACCCCGCACCACCCCCGUCGCCGGCCACCCCGCCCCGCCCCCGUGUCCGAGCCGCCGCCGCCUCGCUCCACCCCCGUCACCGGCCGCCCCUCCCCGCCCCCGUGCCAGAGCCACUGCCGCCCGCGCCACCCCCAUCGCCGGCCGCCCCGCCCCCGUCCCGAGCCGCCGCCGCCCCGCCCGCCCGGCCGCGCCGCCCCCGUCCCGAGUCGCCGGUCGCCCUGCUCCUGUCCCGAGCUGCCGCCACUCGGCCGCAUCGCCCGGUCCCGCGCCGCCGCCCCGCCCCUCGUCGUGGCGAGUUUUCUUUCCUGUUUUUUUAG